AAUAAGAAAAUUUUAAAAUCUGCAGAUGACUAAUUUGCCGUUGAAAAUUUUUCAGUAAUAUUAUUUUCACUUAACUAUGUAGAAAAUCAAACGUCUAUGUAUAUAAUAGUUAAAUCAGUUAACAGCAAAGUAUGUAACAAAUAUACAAGUCACUAUUUCGUAACAAUACUGAAAACUGCGUCAUGCUUAGUCUAACAGCUGAUAAUUCAUUGGUCAAAUUUCUAUGGUUUUGUUAAAUAAAAAUACUAUAUAGAGUGGGGCGACAGCGAAUAGUUCAGUAAUCAGUUUAUUAGCAUAUGCGGUGGUCGCUACUUGUUAAGAAACAUUGGCUAGACAUUCCCUCAUACCUUCAAAUCGGUAAACAUGUUAAAAAGUGCGUCUAAAGUUACUAUAAACACUGGUAAUGUGUUGAAUUUAAUUGAUAUCAAGAAAAAAGCUGGACAGAAUGUGACUGAAGAGCUGUCGGAAAGUAUAAAACUAACACUCUCGGAGUGGGGUACACAAAACGGCCUGCCCAUACAGAAUGGAACAACAGAACCCUCACAGCAUUACAUGGUGGUGUCCACCUCCAAAGCCUCUGAAGCAGUUGUCAAUAUCACCAGGCCACAUGAUGAUGUCCAAAUCAAGAUGGCUGAAGAGGAUCGCAAGAAUCUAAAGAUAGGAGUGAAAAUUUUCAUCAAUGAAGACAGCCCAACUGCACUGUGUGAAUGUCUGGAAAAUGUAUUCACAGCACUCCAAACCGAGUUCAUCGAGAAUGUUAUCCUUUCAUACAAUCCGGAACACCUCCACAAGGAGGAACGUGAUGAUAAUGUCAAGACCACCUUUACGAAGGCAUCGCCAAUAUCCCUGGGAAGCACUGUUGUUCGCAAUUCCAGCACUGAAUUAGAAGCUGACAGCGACGCAGAUGCAAGAAAAUGUGAGGCCAUCUUGCCUGGCAUUAAGACGUUAUGGGCUGUACUCGAAGACUACGUUAAAAAUGGCCGUGUUCUUCAACUAGGCGUUGCAGAUGUGGGCGGUGGAUGUCUGUACAAACUGCACGCGUGGGCUGUUGUGAAGCCCACGAUAGCUCAGAUCAACCUCGCCUCGUGCUGCGUUGUACCGCCCAGUCUUCAUACAUUCUGCAAGGCUAAUGAUGUUCAGCUCUUAACUCACGCUGACCCUGCAGAUCUAUUGUCUGUAGCAGCACUUAAGACCCUCUCAGAUGCAGGCAUCGGUUGCAACAACCUGGAUUGGUGCGCGAGGUACCAGGUUCACAUAAAGUGUAGGGGUGUACUCGCCCUUAAAGGAUAUGUUUGUAAGGCCACUGUAGGAAAACAAUAGACAAAAUAAAUUCCAGAAAAUACUUAAAAUUUAAUGUAUUCGAUAGUACAUCACUUUGUAUACAGUCUUAGGGUGAAAUUUAAGUCGAGCGCUAAGUAUGACUCCCGUAUGUUAAAUAAUAGUUUUUUGACAUAAGUGUCCCACUUAACGCUCUACUCUAAGUCUCGCCUCCCCUUAGCAUGUUUUUUGCUUGGUUUUUAUAUACUAAUUUACAUAACUUCUAAAUGUACGGCUUGCAUCUUGAAACGGAGCCUUAAAUUUAAGGACUCGGGUACAAAUUUGUAUGAAUUUGGGCACAAUCUGUCGACUUGGGUAAUUUUUUAAUGAAUUUGAGGACAAUAUGACGAUUUGGGUACAAAAUUGUUUGAAUUUGGGGACAAUAUGACGAUUAGGGCAUUGUAUCAAAUUAAGAGUAAAUUGUAUCAUCAUUGUCCUAGAAUUUUAUGAUUUUGGUACAGAUUUUCACAAUUUAUGUAAUUACUUGUGUAUACACAUUCAAGUUUUUUCGGGAUGAUUGUGCUUAACAACUUAUAAACCCCAAAUUAAUAAUUUGUUCUGUCUUAACUUAAACAGUGUUUAUAGUAUAAGUAAUUUUUAAAAUACCGUGAUACAGUUACUUAAUUAUACUUGAGUAUACAGUUUUUAUUUUAUACUAAGUUAUUAAAUUUUAUAAAUAAAAAGGAAAUUAGAUUUAAGAAAUUUUUGUGAUAUUCGAAUAUCCAAUAAAAUGUACACGCCUUUAUAAAUUGUGGACUAAUAUCCUGCUCGGUACUCUCGUACUUUUAAUAAAUAUAGUAAUAAAUUCGUAACCAUCAAACAGGAUACUUUUUGUCCAUGAUUUGUAUGGUGGUCUAUGUUUAUAUGUUUUGCUAGACAAAGUUUGCCACAUACUACUCUUAGUGGUAUAUAUACUUAAUUUAAAUAAAAUAAUAGUCCACCGCAUACUUUAA